GUCACAAAAUAUAUAAUAGAUUGUGUGUAGUGGUGGUGAUUUGUGUGAUUGUUUUGGAGACAACGACCUUAAAGUUAUAAAUUGAAGUUUUCCUUAGUCACUACGUCCCUUAUCCCGUUGUUAAUAUCGUUCUACGGCACUGCAGUAUCAAAUAAUAAAUUUAAGUGGAAUAUACAUAUACGAGUGCAUACCAUCUACCUUUCUAUAUUUAUCUUGUUUAUUUUAACAAUGCUGAGGAUUUUACGAAAUCCGUUAAAAACUGUUCACUGCAACCCUUUUCGAUGUUUUUCCACUGAAAAAAAUUAUGAUGUUAUCAUAGUUGGAGGUGGCCAUGCAGGCAGCGAGGCCUGUGCUUCGGCUGCUCGAAUGGGAGCACACACUUUGUUGGUAACCCAUAAGAAAGAAACAGUAGGUGAAAUGUCUUGCAACCCAUCUUUCGGAGGAAUUGGAAAGGGCCAUUUGAUGAGAGAAAUUGAUGCUUUGGAUGGAGUAUGUGGGAGAAUAUGCGACUUGUCCGGAAUUCAGUACAAAGUUUUAAACACCAGAAAAGGACCUGCGGUUUGGGGUUACCGUGCCCAAAUAGACAGGGAUCUCUACAAGAAACAUAUACAAAAAGAACUGUUUGAAGACACACCUAAUUUGGAUGUGUUGGUAGCGCCUGUAGAAGACUUAAUUGUAGAAAACCCCACUACAAACGCAAACCAUCAGAGUUGUGUUACUUGUGGCGGAAUAAUUUUAAAUGAUGGUACAAAGAUAAGAGCAAAGAGCGUGGUAAUAGCUACAGGGACGUUCUUAAAGGGCCAGAUAAAUAUCGGCUUGGAGGUUUAUCCCGCCGGACGAAUUGGAGACGAACCGUCGAUAGGUUUGGCCAAUACCCUGGAAUCGCUAAACUUGAAAAUGGGGAGACUGAAGACUGGUACUCCGCCGCGUCUGAAGGCAGAAACCAUAGAUUAUUCCGUUUGUUCCGUUCAAAAAGGGGAUAUGCCGCCUCUUCCGUUUUCAUUCAUGAACGAAAGGGUUUGGAUAAAUCCUAAGGACCAGCUGGACUGCUACUUAACAAAGACCUCACUAGGAAUAGAAAAAAUCGUCAAAGACAACUUGCAAGUGAAUAGACACGUUAUGGAGGAGAUCACCGGCCCGAGAUACUGCCCUAGCAUAGAAUCUAAAGUCCUACGUUUCCCCGGUAGAACGCACCAAGUCUGGCUAGAACCGGAAGGUUUGCACAGCGACAUAAUCUACCCCAACGGCCUGUCUUGUACUUUACCGGAAGAAUUUCAAUGGCAACUCAUUCGGAUGAUGCCUGGGUUGGAGAAGGCGGAGUUGACGAGGCCCGGUUAUGGCGUCGAAUACGAUUUCGUCGACCCGAGGGAGUUGCAGCCCAGUUUGGAAGUUAAACGAGUCGAAGGGUUGUUCUUAGCGGGACAGAUCAACGGCACGACCGGGUAUGAAGAGGCCGCCUCGCAGGGUAUUAUAGCCGGGAUAAAUGCAGCUGCGAAGGCUUUAAAUACCCCGCCGCUAAUAUUAAGCCGAACGGAGGGCUACAUCGGCGUAAUGAUAGACGACCUGACGACAGCAGGGACCACUGAGCCGUACAGGAUGUUCACGAGUCGGGCAGAGUUCAGGUUAACGCUGAGGCCAGAUAACGCCGAUCAAAGACUGACGCCUAAAGGUUACGCCGUUGGUUGCGUUUCGAAAGCACGUUACAAUAAAACCGUAGAGGUCGAGCAGAAAAUUAGAGAUGGCGUCGCUUUAUUAAAAAGUGUCAGCAAGAGCGUCAGCCAGUGGAGGAAUCAAAUUGGAAUUUUGCCUUCCAGAAGUAAUUUACAAAAGAGCGCCUUCGACAUGGUCGAUAUAAAAAAUGAAAAAAUCACGAUAACUAUGCUGGCGCAGGCUGCGCCGGAAUUGCUCCCAUUAACUUACGACUCUUCGUUGGAGAACAGGCUCCACAUCGAAGCGUUGUACGAAUCGGCUGCCGCGGAACAGGUUGAGGAAGUCCGAGAGGUCCGAAGAGACGAAGCGCUAAUUAUACCUAAAGACUUGGAUUACAAUUCUGAUUCUCUAAAUCUCAGUUUCGAAGAGAGGGAAAAGCUUUUGGCAGUGCAGCCGCAGACGAUAGCGGCGGCUAGCAGAAUACCCGGUGUUACGCCUUCAUCGGUUUUUCGACUACUUCGAUUCGUUAAACAAAAACACGAUCUGACUGAAACUGCUUCUGUAUAAUUGCCUUUAUCGAUUUAUGAUAUGUAUUUAUAUUUUAAUAAAUCUCUUUUGCAUAUACUUACA